ACGAAGCACAGAUUGAGAGAGGGUGAGAUCGCUUAGAGCGACAUACACAUUGCACUUCCGGUAAAUCUCGAAAGCCACAAUUGACAACGAAUCUCUAUAGUUACAGGAUGGUGUCGCUCUAUACUUUAGCGUUUCAAUAAUAAACCUUUUCGUUGGUUAGCUCUAUAGCUUAGGGAACCACAGGAUCUUUGCUGUGCAUGCUGGGAAUCGUAGUCUCAACCUCAACGUUGUGCAUAGAUGCUGGGAAACGACAAAGAACUCAGCGGGGCUGCUGGGAACGGUAGUCCGGCUCCUUCACCAAGGGCUUUAAAGGAAACGUACCGCAAGGGAGAGAAGUCGCUUGACUUCCCAGCAUCCUCGGUGGCUGAUACUAACGUGUUUUCAGGCUGUCGUUGAACUGUGUGAGGUCGGGAAGGCUAACGACCGGGCCGAAUGGCGGUGUUGGUGGUGCUCCCUUCUCCUUUGCCUAAGUUCCGCGGUUUCCUCCGAAGGUGCUGGGCGCAAUUCGGCUGCCGCAACCCUCCUCCGGCUCCCGCUUUGGCAAUUCAAGGUCCAGCUUUUUUGCUUGAGCCUGUGGAAGAAAAGGCUGAAAGUAAUGUGACUCCAAGCUUGACAGAUAGCAUAUUUUGGAUGGCAGCCCCAAAGUCAAGACGGACCAUUGAAGUGAAUCGUUGCAGGCGAAGGAAUCCUAGGAAUCUUAUAAAGUUAAAGACAAACAUUGAUGUCUGUCCUCAGUGUGGCAACCUGAAACAGAAGCAUAUCCUUUGUGGCUAUUGUUAUCAAAAGGUUAAACAGGAGACAGCUGCCAUAAGGAAAGAAAUAUGGGCACAGGAAGGAGGACCACAUAAGGCUCCAGCUAUAGAGACUGUUGUACUGUAUGGGGGAGAGCAACCCAGAGAGAAAGAUGAAGGCAAGCGGAUCAUAGAACGAAACAGGAAGCGUCCAUCUUGGUUCACACAGGACUGAUUGUGUAGCACAGUGGAAUCUCCAGUCACAAAAUACUUAAUUCUGCAGAGUAAAAAUCUGUCAUUGUACAGCAUAAUUGCUAUACUUUAAAUGAUAAAAGAAGAUGCUAAGGAAAAACCAAAUGCAACUGGAAAUUCAUUGUACUUCUGGAAUAAACCUGGAUGGCUAACUGAGCUACUGUAAACUUAGUUGAGUUUGUCACAGUAUUAAAGCCGGUUAAGCAAGUCA